AUGCCUUUUGGAUAUAGUCGACCCUGUUUAACACUCUUUUCUUACUCGGGUUUUGUUUUUGUUUUAGGUAUAUUAGAAUUUAAUCCUCAAUUAGCAGGUCAAGAUAUAACUCCAGCUAAUCUUGAAUUUGGUUCAACAGCAUCUCGACGUCGUGAUCGUCGUGAAAAAUCUUUCAGUGGUGCCUCUAUUUUUUAUGGUAAUCAAUCAUCAUUGAAUGCAAUUCAUAGAUCGUCAUUUACAGCAGCUCCUGAUGAUUUAGUACCAUUGACAAAUCAAUCACAAACACUUGAUGCAUAUCAAUCAAGUAUAGAAUAUCGACUACAAGAAUUAACUAAACGAUUAACAACAUUAGAAACUAAAUUAACUGAAGAUGUAUCUUCUGUACUUAUGAUUCUUCAACGACAAUUUCCAACUGAUUCAACAAUUUCAUUAUCAUCUUCUGAAACAUUGAAAGCUAAUAAUUAUUAA